AAAAAGGAUUCUUUUUUGUCAGGCUGAAAAAUUUCUUCUUUCUCUUUUUUAAUUUUUCCUUCUUCUUCAUUAACAAUGGACACCACAACGAUCAAAAUGAAACCUCUCGAGGAAUAUGACAUCUCUCCUAAAACUGGCUUUCUGCCUCCUACACCGCCACUACGCAGACUAAAGAACGAAUACUUUGCACCUUGGGAAGAAAUGAUGGAUGAUUUUAAUGGCUUGCUUUUAGCUGGUAAAAUAAGAGAUAAAGUUCACAAGUUACCUUUGUUGGAUUACAGACGGCUCGAGACUAUUGAAGAAUACCGACGAGCAUUUUUAAUUUUAUGUAUGGUGUCCCAUAGUUAUGUUUGGGGCAAACACCAAGUAGCAUCUGAGACAUUGCCUUCCAACUUGGCUAUUCCAUGGAGCGGUAUUGCUGAUCAUUUGGGCCUUUGUCCUGUUGUAUGUCACGCUGCUGUUGUACUUUGGAAUUAUCGACUCAUUGAUCAAGAUGGUCCCAUUGAUUUGACUAAUUUGUGUGCAUUGUCUACUUACUCUGGUUCUUUAGACGAAGCAUGGUUCUAUCUUGUUACAACAGCUAUUGAAAGUGCUGGUGCACCUUGUUUAUCACAAAUCACAAAUGCAAUUGACAACAUUCAAUAUGGUCGCCAUGAAGACCUUCUAAAGAACUUUCAAGUAAUUUGCGAAUCACUCAAAGACAUGAACGAUGCUCUUAAACGCAUGUACGAAAAAUGUGACCCUUAUGUCUUUUAUUGGAAAAUUCGGCCCUAUCUAGCAGGUUGGGAAAACAUGGCAGAAGCUGGCUUACCUCUUGGUCUGAUCUAUGAAGGCGUAAAUACUCUAUGGUCUGCACAAACAGAUGAAUAUGCUGACAUGUCUCACUUGGAUGAUGCUGAACGUCUCUUGAACCAAUACCGUCGUUAUGCAGGUGGUAGUGCUGCUCAAAGUAGUUUGAUUGCUGCUCUUGAUGUUGCGUUUGGUGUGGAGCACCACCGUACAGGUGAAAAGCCAUCUUUUAUUAAAGUAAAUGAUCUGCCUAAUGACCGAUAUACCAAGCUACCAGCUCCUAACCCAGCUGAAGAACUUCAUUCAGGUACUCAGACACCACGCUCACCACUACCUUUUAAGCGUACAAAUCGCAAUACCUUUUUAAGAGCUAUGCGUAACUAUAUGCCCAAGCAUCAUAGAGAAUUUCUAGAAGAUCUAGAAGAAGCUGCCAAUAUCCGUCCCUAUAUUCUGCAACUUGAAGAAAACUACAGAAAUGGUGAAAUCACCGACGAAGAACUUAAUAUUGUCAAUGCUUAUAAUGACUGUCUUCAUCAACUCAAAUUAUUCCGUGACAAGCACGUACAAAUUGUCACGCUUUAUAUUGUCAAUCAAGCUCGCAAAGGUCCAAAUAUUCCCCACGGUGGUUUUGCUAUUGAGAAAAAGACAGAAGCAUCUGCUGUUACAGAAGAGGCGCCCGUCGCCAAGCCAACAACACACAACGAUCUCUACCCUCAAACACAAUUGGAAACCGCACCUGGUAUUCGUAAAGAUUCAAAGACAGAAAAAGUGACCCAAAUGUUCCCUCAGUUAGGUCUUGCAAGAAAAUUGGCUUCUGAUGCAAAAGUAGUGCGCGGUACGGGUGGAACAAAUGUUAUGCCUUUUUUAAAGCAAUCACGUGAUGAAACAAAUGACAUGAAGAUUCGUCUGGCAAGUCAAGAAGAAGCUUCAAAACCUAUUCAAUUAACAAGCAGCCAACAGAAGCAAUCAUGGUCUGAAUGGCUUCUUCGUCGUUAAAUACGUU